AUGACGGACAUAGAGAUCGGCGAACGUCGGUCCUACGAUGGGGCCAUCUGCACCGUCCGCUAUGUCGGAGAGGUUGCCGGCACUUCGGGGUCGUGGAUCGGCGUGGAAUGGGACGACGCGACACGAGGGAAACAUGAUGGCUCUCACAAAGGGACGCGCUACUUUUCAUGUAAAUCGAAAUCACCCACCGCUGCGUCGUUCGUGAGGCCUAGCCGCACCGCGGAGCCCGCGCGGAGCUUCAUCGCAGCUCUGCGGGACAAGUACACCGGCGACGUAUCGGCAGCCAGCGCCCACAUCAGGUUUUCUGGCAAGAUCGCAGAGGAGGUUGGGUUUGAAAAGAUCCGGCGCAAGCAGGCGGAAUUGGCGGAGCUGAAGUUCGUCAUCCUGGACGGCUCCCGCGUCGCUUUUCCUUACGCCGAGGGCGAUGAGCCAAUUGCUCAAACCUGCCCCAAGGUCAUCCAGCUCGAGCUCAGUCGAAACCUGUUCACAAAACUCGGAAUUGUUGUGCAGAUAUGUUCCGAACUGCCGGAGCUGCGUAACUUACGGCUGAAUGGAAACCGUUUCCAGCGCAUCCUUCAAGAUGAUGGGCUUGAGAACGCCCCAUCAGUUUUCAAGGACGUCCGCGAUCUCGGACUUGAAGAAACCCUUCUGAGCUGGGAAGAAUUAUGCCAUGUGGCAUCCAAAUUUCCCGCAUUGGCAACAUUGUCCGCUGAUGCCAAUCAGUUGUCGUCCUUGCCUGUAACGCCAUUGCUCUCUCUGUCGUCAACACUGCUGUCUUUAAACCUCGAAUUCAAUGAGUUCAUAGCGUUCUCGGACAUUAGAAGCCUCUCGGGGUUGAAGGCACUACGGAAUUUACAUCUGAAAGGAAAUAAUAUCUGCUCCAUAACUUCUGACAGCUCGGGAAACCCACCAGUCUUUCCCUCGAGCUUACAGUACCUGGACAUAUCAUACAACAAGGUUUCAUCUUGGUCUUUCGUCGAUGGUCUGCCGGACUCUUUUCCGGGCCUCACGCAUUUGCGAUUCACACACAACCCUGUUUACGAUAACCCAGAUCCGGACCACUCCGCACAGUCCAAGACAAUCACAGAGGAAGCAUACAUGAUAACUGUUGGGCGUCUGGCCGGGCUCAAAGUUCUGAAUUUUGGCACCAUCACAAACAACGACCGGCAAGAUGCAGAGAUGUUUUACCUGGCACGGAUUGGAAAGCAUUUGGCGGCAACGGCGAGAAUCCCCAAAAGCUUUGAUAUCUACAGAGUCAAAGGUAUAGCUGGCAAGCUGUUCGCGCAAGACCCACUCAGUUUGCGCUUGAUAUGGGAAACCGGCGAAUGGGACCCAGUAGCAGGAUUUGACGACGAGGUGGAAGACAGCAGCGACGAGGAGGACCUGCGAGAACCCGACACUGACACACCAGAUGCAACCUCGCAGUCCGGGAAAAGGGCUGGAAGAUGGGUCAAGCGGGAGGCUGAGCUGCAGGACGGGCCACGGCAGCUAGGCUUCUGCGUCGAUGGGCUAGAAGCCAAAGUUCGUGUGGAGAUACGAAAGGACGCAUUAUAG